AUGGGCACCGCUCUGAAAGCAGCCGCGAUCGCGGUGGCGGCUCUCGCCGUCGUGGGGGGCAUCGCAAUUGGUAUAACCUUCGCGGUACUAUCAACGCGGAACGAUGCGCCGCCGCCACCAGAACUAAUUCCACUUGACUGGUGGAAACACUGCGUACUCUAUCAAAUCUAUCCAAGAUCCUUCAAAGACAGCGAUGGUGAUGGCAUCGGUGAUUUGAAAGGAAUCAUCAGCGAGCUUGAGCAUUUCGUGGAUGCCGGCGUGGACGCGAUCUGGAUGUCACCAAUCUUCGAGUCUCCUAUGGUCGAUUUCGGUUAUGACAUCAGCAACUUCUAUGCCAUCCAUUACGAGUACGGAACCAUGGAGGACUUCGAGGAACUGCUAGCGAGGGCACAUGAGUUGGGUAUUAGAGUGCUGCUUGAUUUUGUACCGAACCACGCGAGUACCGAAUCUGAGUACUUCAUCAAUUCAGAGAAAAAAUUGCCAGGCUACGAGGAUUACUUCGUGUGGGCAGAUUCGCCUGGACCGGAUCCAAAUAAUGCCAGCAUUAUGAGACCGCCAUCUAACUGGGUAAGCCAAUUCGGUGGCUCUGCUUGGGAAUGGAGUGACGCCCGCCAGCAGUUCUACCUCCAUCAGUUCGCGGUGGAGCAGGCGGAUUUCAACUUCAGAAAUCCAGUAGUCAGAAACGAAAUGUUCAACAUUAUGAAAUUCUGGCUCGACAAAGGGGCGGACGGUUUUCGGGUGGACGCCUUGCCUUAUUUAAUCGAGGCCGACCCCGCGGACCACAACGGCUCCUACCCAGACGACCCUCUCAGCGGAAUAAUUCAUUUCGAACCACAUCAAUUGGGAUACACGAUCCCGCUUUACACUAAGGACCUGAUUGAAUUGUACGACGUCGUCUACGAAUGGCGGGAGUUUAUAGAUAGAUAUCUAGAAGACAACGGCGGUGACACGCGAGUCCUAUUCUCCGAAGGUUACGCGAACGUGACAAUGACAAUGCUUUACUACGGCAACGAGAAAGGUGAAAUCGGGGCUCACUUUCCCUUCAACUUCGAUUUCGUCACUGACUUAUCGGCCAAGUCAAACGCGAGGGAUUUUGUAUAUAUUAUUUUGCGAUGGCUGACAUACAUGCCCUACGGCGGUGUUCCAAACUGGGUGUUUGGGAAUCAUGACAACAAUAGAAUGCCAACACGCUUCCGGAGUAACAUGGUGGACGGUCUGAAUUCUCUAAACAUGCUGCUACCAGGCGUUGCAGUUACAUAUCAAGGCGAAGAAAUAGGCAUGAGAGAUGGUUACGUGAGUUGGGAAGACACGGUGGACGUAGAAGCUUGCAACCGAGGCGACGAAGACACUUACCAUCUAUACUCCAGGGAUCCAGCUAGGACCCCAUACCACUGGAACAACAGCACUAACGCUGGCUUCUCUACCGCGGAGCGAACUUGGCUACCGGUUGCCGAAGACUUUAAAGAUAUCAAUCUUGCCAAACAGAAAGAAGAACGGAGGAGUCAUUUCAAGGUUUACCAAGCCCUGACGGCCCUCCGCAAAGAGAAAACUUUGGCGUACGGUGAAUACGACAUAAGAGCUUUGUCAGACCGUACGCUCUAUCUCACACGGAGUCUGCGAACUCACGAAACCUUCGCUUUGUUGUUCAACGUAGCAGAAGUGUCCGAUACCGUCCGAUUGAACAGGGUGAUGCAUUUGAAACUGCCCGCGACUGUUUACGUCUCCAGUGUUCACUCGACCAGGGUGGCUGGGGACAUCAUCAACGAGGAGGAGAUAACUUUACAAGCAGGUGAAGCAAUAGUACUCCGGGCAGAACCAGUG